UCGCCCGAGCAAAUCCUGAAGUUCCUUCUCUCCGACGCAGCUCUCGAAGUAUGCAGGCCAGAAGACGAGCUCGAAGACGUCUCGAAGCGCGGCAAAGACAUCACCACCUACGUGCAACUCCUGAGCCCUUUCGAAGAGCUCCUAUGCGCCGUCGCUCUAUCGCGACCAAUCUCGCAUCGUCUGGGCUUGCGCACAAUCUACACAAUCUUCAAUCCACCCUACGAGUUCAAGGACGCAGACACAAUCAAAGCCGCAAGCGCCGAGAAAAUUCAUCAAGCCCUUGAUGAUGCGCGAAUGCAGCACAAAGGCAAGACGACAGAGGAGAUUGAGCUCGUUGCCGAGGUUGUAGCAAAUAGCGAUUCGCACAAUGACCUCGAGAAGAUUCGCCAGCAGUCAAAGGGCGCAGUUGAGGAGGUGCUUCGGUCCAGCAUCAAAGGUCUUGGAAAGACGGGACUCGACAUCUUCUACCGCCGGAUUCAGUGGCUUUGGGACGAGACAUUUGCGUUAGUUGAUGCGAGGACGCAGGAUUCGCUCGAGAAGUUGGGCUUGCCAAAGAAGCCUAAGGAGAUUGUUGAGUUGAUCGAGGGGCUGUCACGCUACAAAACGGAUUCCCUGCAGCGGCUACUAACGUUGACUGUCGAUCAGAAAGCUUAUGAUAUCUGUAGUAGUUUAAAGCGAUUUCGAUCUACUUGCAUGUUAUGA